GUACGUCUUAAGUACGCAUACGUGGCAAAGUUCAUCAACGAAGAUGCGAGUGCUACGCGUGACGUUCCUAUGGGCGCUGCUGCUCUUAAUCACCCUUACUACCUCUGUCUACGCUGCCGAGGAUGCGCCCAAGACACCAGAGCCCACAUCCAGCGCCAAUCCGCGCGACAAUGACCCUGUAAUCCAGGAGAUCCGUGGACUGCGGAAUGCCGGCAUGAAGCUCAACGACGCGAAGGACUUCAAAGGCUCCAUUGAGAAGCUUCGCGGGGCCAUUACAUUACUACACGACCGAGUGUUUGGUGAAGGACGCCACGCUGUCACAGACCCCAGCGACAUCUCGCAGGACGCGGCGCUCUACGCCCAGAUCCUCAACGACUACGGCACGGUGCUUAUCCGUGCCAAGCAGUACGACGAAGCCAUUGAGGUGCUCGAGGAUUCUGUGGCGAUGGUAGAGAAGAUUUACGGUGACAGCCAUCCGUCGCUCGGUCUGUCGCUGCGUAGCUUGGCGGACGCGUAUAUGGCUAAGGAAGAGUACAAGACGGCCAUUAAAAAGUACAAAACCCUCCGCAAACAUGUCAAAAAGGGGCUCGGAGCGACUCACGAAGCGUACAUUGAGGCUUCGAUGAGGAUUGCGGAGGGAUACAAGAAGUUGGGGAAUAAAAAGAAAAACCUAAAGGUGCUUAAGGACACUGUGAAGGCCCAAGGAGGAGAGAUCAAUGGAUUGACGACGGGUAUCGCUGAGCUCUACAUGGAGCUGUCGACGGCGCAUGUGGCCAUGGGCGAGAUUGAUGACGCUCUGAGAGCUGCAGAAACCGCCAGUGCCAUCUUCCUGCAACGCGAUGGAGAGGAUACGCUAUCGUAUGCGUUCAGUUUGAACGCUCUGGCUGGCGUCAAGAUGCGGCAGAAGAAGGUGGAUGAGGCCAUUAAACUGCUGGAGCAUGCCCACCGCAUCGCUGUUCAGAUCUACGGAGAGAACGACGCGAUUACUCAAGCUAGUGCAAAGACCCUUCGAGAGGUGAAGGAGUACAAGCUGGACUUGCAAGCGCAGAAGGACGAGCUUUAGAGUAGGAAGUGGAGGAGAGGAGGCCAAAUUUACACAAGAUAUUGAUUGGAAAAUGUGGAGGAGACAUUUUGGAUCACCCUACUCGCACAAUAUGUUGAUUAAAUCGGAGGAGGUCAAUCACUUACCUAGUUAAUUUUUUUGCAAUCAGAACGGUUUCCUCUUGAGAAAAGACCUUAACUUAAACUAAAAGUUAAUU